CUUUAGUUUCUGUAAGAAGAAACAGGCAGGAAUGAGGCUGCAGGAACAAGCCUGAGCGACACACACACACACACACACACACACACACACACACACACACACACACACACACACACACACACACACACACUCUGCUCCCCAGACAGGAGCGUCAGAGGAGGAGGAGGAACAGGAGCUGCUGGAUCCGCCUGGCAGUCCAGAUUCAGGGUUUAUUUCUCACUGAGUCCAGCUGGUUCCGAUCCCGGUUCUCCCGGGACCAUCUCAGUCUGUCCGGCGGCUCCAGCUGCCGCGGUUCGGACAGCCGGGUCGGGUUCCUCCGGAUCGUUUAGGAGCCGCAGCUGCAGGAACGGAGGCUUUAGGAAGUUUGAUCAGAGUUUCCAUCCGGAGGAUUCCUGGGAAACCUGACCGGAUCACGUUGGAGCUGCAGGUUUCCAGAAACAUCCAGGAGAAUCUGGAAAUGAAACGGAUUCAGUUCUGCAGGAAAACCUCCAGCUUCCAGCUGGACGAUGGGCAGAUCCGCCAGUUUCCACCAAACUGGGCUCUUUUUGUUUUCUGAUGAUUCAAAGCAAAGUUUUACAACAAACCUGAAAUAUUUUAUUCACAUUAAAAACAGAAGUUAACAAAAACUAACAGGAUCUCCUGGAGGAUUUUCUUCAUUUGGCAAAAACAUCAUGACAACCAUCUGGAGAUGAAAAGAAUUAAAAUCCGACGAUACGCAGAUGACAACGUGAUUUACAUCAAAGCUCAGAAAACUUAAUCUGAGUUUAUUAAUCUGAGCUCAUCUGGAUUAAUAAGGGAUUAUAAUUUCCUGUGAAGUUGGACGAGUGUUUGGUCUGUUUCCUCUGGGCGCCAUGCUGCCUGGAGCGCCGGGCGGCGGCGGCGCCGGCGGGCGCGGCCUGCUGCGCUGGCUGGGCCUGCGGCUCUGGUCCCGCCGGGGAACGCUGCUCUUCGCUCUGCUCUGGUUCGGAUCCUGGCUCUUCCUCAACGGCCUGGUUCUGGUCCACCGGAGCAUCAUGUCCGACUUCUGCACCGACGACAAGAGCAGGAAGAUCCUGCAGCGUCUGUGCCUGGACUUCCGCCGCGGCGCGCUGAGCGGUGACCUGUGUGAUGACCUGUGUGUCGGCGGCCUGGUGGAGUAUCAGCGCUGCCUCUACUACGAGAACGGGAAGAAGGUGAUGGAGGCCCGGUGGAGGGGGAACCGGGUCAUCCUCAAGUCCAAACUGGAGAACUUCUCCUCCUACGAGCCGCUGGGCCUGCUGGACUACCAGGAAGCAGGAGAGCAGCUGUCGGCGCUGGACGUGGUUUUCUACGCCACGCUGGAGGUGAGAAACUCUCUGGGUCUGGCUGAGGAAGAGGAGGAGGGAGGAAGGAACGGCUCUCUGUGGGGGCAGAACCUGAAGCUCCGGGAGAAAAGUUACUCCAGAGCCGAUCUGGGCUCCCUGUGGGCCCUGCUGCAGCAGGAGGAGUACACCUUCCUCAGGGUCCUGCAGGACCUCAGCCCCCAUGUGGCCCAGGUCUUGGGCUCCUGCGGUCAUUUCUACGCCGUGGAGUUCCUGUCGGCCGGACACGCCUGGGACCAGAACCUGUUCUCCAUGGACGAGGCGUCGGCUCCCCGGGCGCCGGGUUCUGGUGGCUGGAGCUCCAGGCUGAUGGUCCACCAGGUGGCGCUGAGCUUCAUGGACCUGGUGCAGCACUUUGACAACGACUUCACCCACCGGCUGCACCUGUGUGACGUCAAACCAGAGAACUUCGGCAUCAGGAAGGACCUGACGGUCGUGGCCAUCGACGUGGACAUGGCGUUCUUCGAGCCCAAGAUGAGGGACAUCCUGGAGCAGAACUGCAGCAGCGACGACGACUGUAACUUCUUUGACUGCUGGUCCAGGUGUGAGCCGGGGCGGCACAGGUGCAGCCCGAACCGCAGGAACACCAACCUGCAGGUGAUCUGUGAGAAAAUAUUCCGGCCCUGGUUUUCCCCAACUCUUCUCGGCGCGAAGGCAGGACUCCCACUUCAGGUGGAGCUGCAGCGAGCCGUGCAGGACUGCAGCGAGACCGACGGCGGCGCCGACGACGAGGGCGCAGCCCGCCGGGUCCAUCAGCGCCUCCUCGCCGUCCUCAGAGCCCUGCUGCAGGAGGAAGUGGCUCCUGAGGACAGGAAGUGGACAAAGGACGAACCGGAGCACGUCCACACCGCGCUGAACUUCUGAGAGGAAAGAAAGAAAAACUUCC